CCUAUUUAAGGCCCUUAGAUUGCAACCCUUUGCACCAUAAAUAAAAACCUCUUCUUUCUUCUAAGUCUGAAAUCAAAGAGUGAUAGAAUCAAGCUACAACUUCAAAAAAAUUUAAAUGUCUACUACAAAGUUUUCCCUUCUUGCCAUUUACCUUCUCCUUUCACUCAACUCUCUUGGCACAACCAUGGCUGGAAGAAUCAUUCCUCCUAGUGCUCCAAGCACAGUUACCAGGCCACUCGUUUCCUCCGAAGUUGAGAACUACGUGAAGCCGCAGCUGAAUCACAAGCAGAAAGCCCUGCAAGGAAGAGAAGUGAAGGGUUGCUUGCCAAAAGGUUCAAGGCAUAACUCUGCUCCCAGCAGAUUCGUCAACUACAAGACUCUAGGCUCUGCUGGCUGUUCCAGAAUGCAUUCUGGGAAACCUUGAAUUCAUGAUUCUUGAGUAUUAGAAGAACACUUUUGUAUAUGGCUUUUCAAUGUGGUUCAGACAUGAAAGGUGAGAUGAGAAAAUCAGUUUUGAACGAUGUGCAUGGGAAGUGAAGAUGUUAUUAUAUAUUGUAUACAUUCGUGAGACAUUACUCAAACAUCGGAGAAAGAAUUAUGAUGUUUGUUUUGAAAUGCUUAGGAUGUGAUGCUGAGUGAUUGGUUUCUAGGAUUCGGAGCAUCGAAUGAAACUCCGAGAUAGCUGGUUAUGGUAGUGUUGUAGUUUUGCAGUUUUGUAGAAAUAUAAACACCCACGUUUAGUGUGAUUUGUAGUUCAAUUUUGUAUUAUGAGUGGGAUAUAUAUUAUGUUUGUUUCCUGAAAACAUUUGCUGCUUUCAUUGUU